AUGCCCAGAGUGACAUUCGACCAGCUUGAGAUCGAACCUGAGAAACUAAAGCCGAUAGGAAAUCCAUUGCUAGGAUUUGAUGGGAAGCGGGUGGAGCCUAUUGGAAUGGUGGAAUUGACAGUACAAGCUGUUGAGAGAGUUUUGACUGAGAGUUUUGUGGUCGUGGAAAUUCAUCCAUCCUACAACCUCUUGAUGGGAAGAGGGUGGAUUCACAGAGUUCAGGGUGUCCCAUCAACCCUACAUCAAGUGAUGCGAUGCUUGGGCCCAGAUGGGACCAAGGUGAUUGACAUUCAAGGGGACCAGGUUACAGCUAAAGAAUUUUAUUCAGUGACUUUGAAAUCUGCUGGAAAGGGGAAAAAUCCUAUUCGUUCUGCCAGUCCAAGAUAG